GGGGCCUUAGCGGAGGGAGCCGGCCUACUCGUGCUGCUCCGGCUGAUGAGGAGGUCCCCGGGCCGGCCUUUCCAGCACGUUCCCCUCCCGGUUCCUUUCGGCCCGGCCUCCCGGGGCGCGAAGACGUGCAGAGCCGGGUGGGACAAGAAGAGCAAAGGGUGGUGUGAAGUGGAGGCAGCUGGAGCACAGGGGCCCGUCCGCCUGACGGAGUGUGCUGCUUCUGUGAUGGUGAAGGAGAGGGCACAUGUGCCCGUGAGUGCGUUGGUGCCACAGUCCCUCUCUGCACAUGUGCUGGUGUUGAACCCAGGGCCUCAUGCAUGUCAGGUAAGCACUCUCUGGGAGCCAAACCCUUGCUCCCAACAUGUGUGAUCUUAAAACGUAAAUUUCCAUGUAGAAAUUAUAGGAGCAAAAUAAAAGUUAACACUUCACAGUGGCAAAGUGUGGACCAUCAUACUUAUGACCUGUUCAGAAUCUCCCCUCUGUGCUUGAAGACUUCCUGCACUGGAGCCAGACAGAACACUAGGGUGGGUAGCAUGGUAAUCCUGCGAAAGUCUGUUAACGCAACAUCUGAAAAGUUUCAGAACGAAUGUUUGAAAAACGAAAUGUGGGCUGGCGAGAUGGCAAGAUGGUAAAGGCAGUUCCCGCACAAGCCUGGCACCUGAGAUUGACCCCUAGGACCCAUGGAGAGAUGGAAGGAGAGAACAAUUCCACAGUUAUCCUCAGGCCUCCACAUGUGGUCCAUAGCAUGUGUGCCCCACGUUACACACACACACACACACACACACAAAAUAAUAAAACUAUGCAAGUGGUGCAUUUACACAUAAUAUAAACGUAGUAGCCACAUACACUGUAAUGAAGAAGGAAAGGUGUCAAUGGCUGGAGCUGUUGGAGACCCCACAGUGAUGUCCCCAGGACUUCUUGCAGGAGCACAUAGUGGUUAACUCACCUACGUAGUGUGCCAUUUCCAACUGUGGAUAUGCUCAGGGCACAGUACGCACUGAAGCUCGUUCUAAAGUAGGAGCAUUGUGUCACCUGGACAGCAUGUGGCAGGUCGUCAGUCAGUGUCUGCUCUCUGCAGGAAAGCCCAUGAAGGUGAGCCUGGCAGCUGAGGAGGUUGCCACUUUUUAUGGGAAGAUGUUGCAUCUUGAGUAUAUGACAAAGGAGGUUUUCCAAGAUAACUUCUUCAAUGACUGGAGAAAGGUGUCACUGGUGGCCACAGCAGCCACCCUGGACCUGGCAGGCGGGACACUCUGGGGUGAGUGCCCAGCCAGCUGCCAUCUCUACAACCUUCCCAGCUUGCAGUGGCCACAGUAUUUCCCCAGCAUGGCUGCUGCCAAUGUUUCCUCACCAGAGGGCACCAUGACCCUCUAUAAGUUUGGCUACUGUAUUUUAGAUGGCCACAGAGAAAUUGGCAAUUUCAAGAUGGAGCCACCAGGGUUGUUCUGUGGCCGUGGUGACCAUCCCAAGAUGGGGAUGUUGAAAAGGACAGUCAUGCCAGAGGACGUGAUCAUCAACUGCAGCAGGGAUUCCAAGAUUCCUGAUCCCCCAGCCAGUCACCAGUGGAAAGAGGUGCACUCGGACCACACAGUCAUGUGGCUGGCUGCGUGGAUAGAGAAUGUCCAGAAAUCCAUCAAGUAUGUUAUGCUGACCCCCAGCUCCAAACUGAAGGGGGAGAGGGACUGGCAGAAGUGUGAGGUAGCUCUGCUCGAGGGGGCUGUAGAUGAGAUCUAUGCUCAGUACCAGGCUGACUGGCAAUCACCAGAAAUGAAGAAAAGACAGAGGGUGUUGGCCCUUUAUUUCAUUGAUAAGCUGGUGUUGCAGACAGGAAACAAGGAGGAGGAGGGUGAGACGGCCGACACUGUGGGCUGCUGCUCGCUCCGUGGGGAGCACAUCUGGCUGCACGCACAGGCAGAUGGUCGAGAACAUGUUGUGGAGCUGGACUUCUUGGGAAAGGGUUCCAUCUGCUACCAUAACCGUGUGACCGUGGAGAAGCUUGUGUUCAGGAACCUUCAGCAGUUCAUGGAGGGCAAGGACCCUGGGGACGACCUCUUCGAUGCACUGACUACUUCCAGCCUGAACAGACACCUGCAGGACUUGAUGGAUGGGCUGACAGCCAAGGUGUUCUGGACCUACAGUGCAUCCAUCACUCUGCAGGAGCAACUAUGGUCACUGACCAGUGCUGAAGACAGCCUACACUCCAAGGUCUUGGCUUACAACUGGGCAAAUUGGGCUGUGGCCAUCCUCUGUAACCAUCAGCGAGCAACCCCUAAGACCUUCGAGAAGUUGAUGCAGACUCCAGACAAAGGUAUUGAGACAAAGAAGGCACAGGUGGCUGAGGCACAGGAGGAGCUUGAGAAGGUGAAGGCCGACCUCAGAAAGGGGGGACAGCAAGUCCAAAAG